UUUCCUGGCAACAGAUUAGACGCUUUAGCUGCCGUGCUGCACGUCCUGCCUUAAACCAGUCAAACAUUUUGAAGCAAACAGUCGCUUAGAAAAUAAAAACUUUAAAUCGGGUAUGUUCAAAAUCAGGUGUAUAACUCAAAAUACAGUGCAAUGAGCGGAGUGUGUGAAGAUGCUACGCCGGUUUUAGACAAUUUUCUCCCGGCCUCUGGACAUUCCCUCCUGCGAGGGAUCAGUCCAAAUGAGAGAUGGAAAAUUCUUCGACAGAUCAGCAUGCCAGUUGAAAAGGGUCCUGAAAACAGAUACGAUUUCGCCAGUUUUCAGGAAAGGGACAGUCCUUCUUUUAUUAAAUUUAACCCUUUCUCAAAGGAAGAAAACUACCCUUUGGCGCCGCUAAGGGAUGACGUUCCGAUUAUAGACCCUUGUUCAGGGCACCUGAGCGCCGGUGCCGAAGCUGACCUGAUGAUAGACGGGAGAAGUAACUUUAUCCAGAAUGGCUGUGAUCCUACGCGUCCGAACGCCGUGGUCGAUAUGAGUGAGAGACCCCAAACUCCACCGAUUAGACCUUCUGCCCUGACAGCCGAUCUGUCCAGCGACAAGAGGUGGAAUUCAAGGGCUGUAUCUGAGGCUGCUGUAAGGGCAAGACUGGGAGGUUGGACAAGCCCUACAAGAGUAAGACCUGCUUCACCCAAACUACCCAACAUACUAUCAAACAAGACAGUCUUCUUCAAUGUAGAUGAUGCAACACAGGUUUCAAAUUCACGUCCUUCAGUACAACUGAGGGACAUGGCUGCGAAACGUUACUGCUAUACAUCUUCUACUCAAAGGAGUUAUGAAGAAGUUGACUGGGAUACAAAGCUGCCUCCAAGAUUCAAGCCCCCUGCUUCAACACUUGAGAAAAUGGCAGACCCUGUGAGCCAGCGCUUCACACUAAAGAGAUAUGAUUCUGGACCGGAACCUUGGCAGGCAGUUGGAGGACUGUGGGACAGAUUUCAAAUACGAACUCCAAACAAAAUACAAAAACCCAUUUCAUAUGGCACCGCUGGGGCUGAAAAUAUGGAGGAUGUGGACAACCCAGAGGAAGAGUUUGUUCCAUUCACUGUGCAGCGCACCCUUCUACCACAAUACACAGAGACAGCACACCGCCCAAAUAUUCCAGGCUAUACAGGCAGAGUUCACUUCAAAGCUUCCCAUCCUGCAAACUCCAGCCUUCCUACACCACCUACUACAGCAUUAGUGCAUGGGUACAUUAUGACCAGUGGGAACAAAUCUCCACAUAGACGUCUGGGACCUCUUUCCAAAAUGGUUACAAACGUGUCUCCUUGCAAUCCCUUCCAAAAUAUAAGGAGGGAAGCUGUUCAUGUCUGAGAAGCUAUGUGCAGACAUCAUAGAAAGGGGAAAAAAGAAAAACUGUGAAAAGUGUGAAUUUCUGUCUUUUGAAACUGGAUAUAUUAUUUCCUAUUAGCCACAUAAUAAUGUAGUAUAAAUGGUUGAUUCUCUGUGCUCCUGAAUAAUGAGAUGCUGUAUUAGCAUAAUUUGCCUGAUUUAGAUGAGUGGUCCUGUGACCUCUGAGACCAUUAUGUACAAGCCGGUGUUCCUUUUUUAAUGAAUUACUUUCACAAGCCUGUGUGACACCCUCUCUAGGUUCCUCUGAAUUAUAUAUAUAUACAGUAUAUAUGCAUUAACUUGGUAUAAGAUCAUGCCUGUGACCAAACUGUCUGUUGUUGGAGCUGAUACUCCAGUUUCAGGUCAGUCACUGUAGUUCCUACUUAUAUAGUUAUUAUUUAGACCUAAUUAAUGUUUGUGUAUAUUUCUACAUCUUGUAUACUUUAGUAUUGAGUUAUUGCUUCUAAACAAAAGGGUGUAAUUCAACAACAGAAAUGUUACACUGUGAUUGUUUUUAAAUGUAAUUGUAUGUGUUGCUGUGUCAUUAAUAAGUAAAAGACCAAUACUCAACUUCUUUAAGACUGAAAAAUAGAGCCUUGGCCUUUCUUUUUCUUAGUGAUUUUUUUAACAAUUAUUGGAAGAAUGCCAAUUAAUGUACUGCUGUGUGUUUACAUACUCUAAUUUGAUGUUUUCACAAAACUUACUGUAGAUCAAAUCUUACUUUCAUAUUGUAUUCCACAGAAAAAUUACCAAAUAGGCUUAGCAAAUAAAAAACAAUAAGAAUUGGAAAAUGUCUAGUUUCUACAAUAUAGUAGAUCAGUAGUUUUGUCGUACUAAAAACUUAAAAGGGGGGAUGCAUGAUACACUAGUUGCACGAUACAGCAGCAAGUAUUACACAGGGGCAAUAAAUAGCCAAACAUUAUUCCAUAUACUGUAUUAGAAAAGCUGUAGCAUGUCCUUCCUUUUGUUGCAGCUCCCAUCAUGACUCAUUGGAAAAAGGAAAGAACAUCAUGCUGUAGGUUUUCAUUUCAACACAGAUUUUGAACAAGGAAUGGAAUAUGGUAAACCAGAUGAUGUCAAAUGCUAUAUUGGUAUCGGAUGAAUUAAGUAUAUUUUUUCUGUAUUUUAUAAAAAAAAACAUUU